GUAGGUAACUUUUGGAUCACAAAAUCGCUCUAUUUCCGUACAGUGCAGUUCCAUUUGAAGCGUACAAUGGGUUGGAUUAACAUUUUAGUGGCAGGAUUAGUUGUUGUAGUUAUAGUCAAAGGUGCUGUAAUUCUUCCACCGAAGGAACUUUCGGCACCGGAAUCUAUAUUUCUCUUCGUCGACGAAUGUUUUGUGCACAAUUCAAGAACUUUGUAUAUAGUUGGGAUGGAAAGGCAUGCCACCUAUCAGUCGUAUCUUGCGUUGCCUUAUCCCAAAGUGAUCCUGCAGAGUGGAUUCUCUAUUGGUACACCGGACGAGACAUGUUUGCUUAUUGUUUACGUGGAUUGUAGCACAAAGAAUUCUAUGUUCACUGCAUUGGAAAUGAUGAUGCGAGACUUUACCAAAAUCGUCCGAAACGGAAAAUAUCUCGUACUGGUUGAUGAUGUCUAUCUAGCGAAUGGAAAUAUAGCCAUUUCCAUUAGCCUCGCUUCAUUCUUUGCAACGUACAACGUCGUGUACUGGGGUAUGACUGGUAUUGGCCGUGCAGAAGAACUCCAGUACACUUUGUUUUUCGCGUCCAGUGCUUAUUUUAUGGCCGUUCCACUUACCCACGGACCAGCGUUUGAGUGGAAUCGUGGACUGCUGCGCAAUACCACAUUCGAAAUCUAUGGACAGGCUGUACAUGCCUUUCCGUACACUCAUCGCAAAGGCGGUGGACAAUUUCGUGGCAUAGACAUAAGCAUCUUUCACAAUGUAAUGGAGAGAAUCGGUUGCUUUCUGAAGGUGCACAUCGUUGAACAGACGGGAGAUACGGAAAGGGAUAUAGAACAAAUUAUGAAUCGUUUGCAUCAGCUAAAGGUGGACGUGAUGCUUACACGCAGGCACGUAGUGGUAGGCACCUUACCUGUCGUGUACAUUCCCGACUACACCUACUACUGUUUGGUUGCUCCACGCUUCGCGGAAGUUGAUUUGACACGUUCCCUGUUGGGUCCCUUCUCGUCCGAUGUGUGGUGGUUUAUCAUCGCGUGUGCAGUGUUGAUAAAUUUUCUGAAAGAAGUUUCGAAACACGACACCAAAUUAGGCGCAUUGAUGCGACAGAUUAGCUUUGCUAACCCCAUCCGAUCCUUCUACCGUAUUGGUUUUGCGGUAAUGUGUUUCGUACUGAUCGAGGCAUAUCUCACGAAGGUGACGUCUUUCUUUCUAACGUACCGUUUUCUACCGGAUGCAAGAACGCUGGAUGAAUUUUUCGCAACCGACAUCCCUAUUCGGCUGGAGGAAAGUAAUAAAAACUUUUUGAAUGUUCUUGAUCCGCGUCUUAGAGAUUUGAUCGUGGCACGUGGUUCGAACCACACGGAAUGUGUGGAGUACUCUAGCCGAUGUGCUCAUUUGGACAGUUUUGCUCGAGCAUCUUUCAUGAUAAAUGAAAACGUCGGUGUCGAUUCCAUUACUGGUAAAAAGCGUUCGUACAUUGUGCCGGAAAUGGUAGCAAGCUACAACUAUCUGUCGUACUGCUUUUCACGCGGCUCCACAUUGACCGAUCUGGUUGCGGUCUAUCUGCGGCGUAUGUAUGAAAUAGGGCUGAUGCGCGUGUAUCAUCAACAGUACGAGCAGUAUCUGCUGCCGUCCAAGUACGUAACCGUCGCGUCGGAAAGUUCGUUGGAGUUUGAACAUCUGAUGUCGGUGUGGAUCUGUGUGAGCAUUGGUUGGGGAUUAUCGUUUGGUGUGUUUGUCGGUGAGCUGGUUUAUAUCAGGUUUCUAAGGAUGUUUGUUAAGGUACGGCGGUUCAGAAACAAAAUUCCAGAGAAAACUAAGAAAUGCGCUUGGAACGGUCCGAAUGUUUGAACUUAGAAUCGAUAGUGGAAAUGUAUUAAAGGCAGUUCGACGGAUACGUUUUUAUUAGUCAUGUGCGUUCCGGAAUGAACUUGGUAGGUUUGUUCCGUUCCUUAAAAUGAACGAUCGGAACUAGGUCCAAAAUUUUGAACGUGCCAGGUUCGCGGAACCAGGUUUGAAUUUAUGAACCUGGUAGGUUAACAAAACUAGGGUAGAAUAGUUGUACAUUUCCGUUCGAAUUACGCAGUACAUACAA